AUGUUCAAGUCUGUCCCCAUGUUUGAGAGUGACUUUAUCCAGGUCACCAAAUGGGGACAGACUGAUGUGCACAGGUGCGCCCAGAUCAUGACCGUGGGCAUCGCAAACACCAACCCCUUCGACCCAAUACCAGACGUCAUGCUGGUGGCACAACCAGUCCGGGAUUGCGAAAAGCACACGGGGUGUGGCCAGGCCACGGAGGGAAAAGGGCACAGAGAUACAAAGGUGUUAGAGCUCACCAGGCUCCUCCCCUGGAAGUUGGUGAAGAUCUCUGUUCACAGCCGUGAGAGACAACAGCUGCGUGUGAAGCUUGCUUCUGGCCGUUCCUACUACCUGCAGCUGUGGGCCCCUCCCGACAAGCAGGAAGACCUCUUUGCCUGUUGGGAAGAGGUAAUUGACCUCCUGAGGCCACUGGUGGAAGCUUACAGCAGUACCCAUGCCGUUCCAGCCAGGGACCUGUUCAUAUCUGUGUUUGAGGAAAUGGACAGGAGGAGCCCCGAAGCAGCACAUUUCCAAGGCAGGCCUUACCUCAGGAGAGUCCCAGCCACCCUGGAGUCGCGCUUGGCUCCCAGGCUUCUCUCCCCAGCCCGUGUGACCUACACUGCAGCCAUCAGCAGAACCCCCGCCUGGAAUUCCGGGGACCACCCCUGGCUGGAGCGGCCUCUCUCUGCAACCCGUUCCACUCCCGCCCCAGACACUAAUUAAACUUCUGAAACCAGGCUCAGGUGAUUUCUUCAUAUCAAAAUUUUAGGAACUUUCUUCUUCUGAGGUGAGAUUAUUUGGUAGGUCACAGCUAACCGCUGUUUGCUCACUUGGACAGACCUCAUCUUGGCGGGUGGGGAGAGGUCUCUUCUGUUGGCAGAGGGAUUGGUGGGCCUGGGGGGUGGCAAUGGUGAGGUAGGAAGAGAGCCUGAGACCCACACACACCAUUUCCUUGGAAAAACAAGGUUCCUGACCUCAGGAGGGGGCAUUCUUGGAGUAAGUCAAGUUAUUCGUAAGAAAGAACAGAACAUGCCAAGAUUAGAUAUGAACUGGCCCUGUGAGGAAAACAACCUCAGAAUCAUUAACUCAGAGCUUCACAGAAGGCUGGGAGCCUCUGGGAGACAGAAGUCAUGGG